CGUACUCGUUCUGCAAUUGAAAAACACGGCUUUUCUUUUUUCUCUCUUUCAGUCUUGACCCAGAGAUAGCUAUCUUGCAAAGAAGAGCACCCAAGAGGAAGCUUUUUGCAGGAAGCCGAGGAGGUGCAAUACGGGAGAUGCAGCAGGGAGCCUUUGGCAGGUGGCGGUGGUGGUGACGCACAGAAGUUACUUUGCCUUCGGAAAGAAAAAGCCCUGUCUGCUGCUGCCUAUGUAGGUGUAUUUUUGCGUUCUACCUUCUCCCCCAAGAAGUUGCCUGGGUCGCGCAGCAGCGGGGAAGCGGCAGCUGCUCCUCCUGGGCGGUGGCAGCAGCAGCAGCAGAUUAUGGUGGCAGCGCAGCGGUAAGAGCGACGGCAGCAGACCUGAUCCCCGAAUGUGUUUUCCAUUUAAGAUCGUCGCUCGAAAGUGCCACCUGAAGCUUCGGCAGCUUGGCAGGGACCGCUUAACGUUUUAAAGAGGAAAACCCUGAAGGGGGGAAGGAGUUAAGGGAAGGAGGGGCAGCGCUAGGUUUUGUGCGUGCUUGUGGGGAGAGGGGAUUGGUUAUCAUGGCGGAUCGGACAGCUCCUAGAUGCCAGCUCCGUCUGGAGUGGGUUUACGGGUACCGGGGUCACCAGUGCCGCAACAACCUGUACUACACGGCAGGCAAAGAGGUGGUUUACUUCGUUGCUGGAGUCGGCGUGGUUUAUAACACCAGAGAGCACAGCCAGAAAUUCUUCCUCGGGCACAACGAUGAUAUUAUCAGCCUUGCAGUUCACCCGGAUAAAACUUUAGUAGCUACAGGACAGGUUGGGAAGGACCCUUACAUUUGCAUCUGGGAUUCCUACCGUGUACAGACCGUGUCUGUUCUUAAGGAUGCACACACACAUGGAGUUGCCUGCUUAGCCUUUGAUUCAGAUGGCCAGCGCUUAGCUUCAGUUGGACUGGAUGCCAAAAAUACAGUGUGUAUUUGGGACUGGAAGAGAGGAAAACUACUGGCAACAGCUACAGGCCAUUCAGACAGGAUAUUUGAUAUUUCCUGGGAUCAAUAUCAACCAAAUAGAAUUGUCAGCUGUGGAGUAAAACACAUAAAGUUUUGGACAUUGUGUGGAAACGCACUGACAGCAAAGAGAGGAAUAUUUGGUAAAACAGGAGAUCUCCAAACUAUCCUUUGUUUAGUAUGUGCAAAAGAAGAUAUCACAUACUCUGGUGCUUUAAAUGGAGACAUCUAUGUUUGGAAAGGGCUAAACUUAGUUCGGACAAUUCAAGGAGCACAUAGUGCUGGAAUUUUUAGUAUGUACGCUUGUGAGGAAGGUUUUGCCACUGGAGGAAGAGAUGGUUGCAUUCGGUUAUGGGACACUGAUUUCAAACCAAUCACUAAAAUUGAUCUCAGGGAGACUGAACAAGGAUACAAAGGUUUGUCCAUCCGAAGUGUCUGUUGGAAAGCGGACAGACUUUUAGCAGGGACACAGGACAGUGAAAUAUUUGAGGUGCUAGUGAGAGAGAGAGAUAAACCCAUGCUGAUUAUGCAGGGUCAUUGUGAAGGGGAGCUCUGGGCCCUGGCGGUCCAUCCAAAGAAGCCUUUAGCAGUCACAGGCAGUGAUGAUCGAUCUGUACGAUUAUGGAGUCUUGCUGACCAUGCCUUGAUAGCUCGCUGUAAUAUGGAAGAAGCAGUGCGGAGUGUGUCUUUCAGUCCUGAUGGAUCACAGUUAGCACUUGGAAUGAAGGAUGGCUCCUUCAUUGUCCUACGAGUACGAGACAUGACAGAGGUAGUUCAUAUUAAAGACCGAAAAGAAGUAAUCCAUGAAAUGAAAUUUUCACCAGAUGGCUCUUACCUUGCUGUGGGUUCUAACGAUGGCCCAGUGGAUAUCUAUGCGGUUGCUCAGCGAUACAAAAAAAUAGGAGAAUGCAACAAAUCUUCUAGCUUUAUAACUCAUAUUGAUUGGUCUGUGGAUAGUAAAUUCUUGCAAACCAAUGAUGGUGCAGGAGAGAGACUGUUCUACAAGAUGCCGUCUGGGAAGCAUCUAACUAGCAAAGAUGAGAUCAAAGGAAUUCACUGGGCUUCGUGGACCUGUGUGAUAGGAUCUGAAGUGAAUGGAAUUUGGCCAAAAUAUACAAACGCUACAGAUGUCAACUCUGUGGAUGGAAAUUACAGCAGCUCUGUGCUAGUGACGGGAGAUGAUUUUGGGCUGGUUAAGCUAGUCAGAUUUCCAUGCCUAAAGAAAGGAGCUAAAUUUAGAAAAUAUGUUGGCCAUUCAGCACAUGUAACCAAUGUCCGUUGGUCCCAUGAUUUUCAAUGGGUUUUAAGUACAGGAGGUGCUGAUCACUCUGUUUUUCAGUGGCGAUUUAUUCCAGAGGGGAUAACAAAUGGCAUCCUUGAAACGUCUCCACAAGAAGGUGGCAUUGAUUCAUACAGUGAAGAAUCAGAUUCAGAUUUAUCUGAUGUGCCAGAGUUAGAUUCUGACAUUGAGCAGGAAGCUCAAAUCAACUAUGAUCGCCAGGUUUACAAAGAAGACCUACCUCAGCUGAAACAGCAAAGUAAAGAGAAAAACCAUUCUGUGCCCUUCCUUAAAAGAGAGCGAGCGCCUGAGGACAGUUUAAAGUUGCAGUUUAUACAUGGUUAUAGAGGCUAUGACUGUCGAAAUAACUUGUUCUACACGCAAACGGGAGAAGUGGUGUAUCAUAUUGCUGCUGUAGCUGUUGUAUAUAAUAGGCAACAACAUGCUCAAAGGCUGUAUCUUGGUCACGAUGAUGACAUCCUCAGCCUAAGCAUUCACCCAGUGAAAGACUAUGUUGCUACUGGACAGGUUGGAAGAGAUGCUGCUAUCCAUGUUUGGGACACACAGACACUGAAAUGUUUAUCGUUGCUCAAAGGCCAGCAUCAAAGAGGAGUGUGUGCAUUGGAUUUUUCAGCUGAUGGAAAAUGUUUGGCAUCUGUUGGGCUAGAUGACAAUCAUGCCAUUGUGUUUUGGGAUUGGAAAAAAGGAGAAAAGCUAGCAACAACCAGGGGCCAUAAAGAUAAAAUAUUUGUAGUGAAGUGUAAUCCGCAUCAUGUAGAUAAGCUAGUCACAGUCGGAAUGAAACACAUCAAAUUUUGGCAGCAAACAGGUGGAGGUUUUACAUCAAAACGAGGAACAUUUGGAACUGCUGGAAAACUGGAAACUAUGAUGAGUGUUUCAUAUGGGCGAAUGGAUGAUCUAGUUUUCUCUGGGGCUGCUACUGGAGACAUUUAUAUCUGGAAGGAUACUCUGUUGCUCAAGACAGUGAAAGCCCACGAUGGACCUGUAUUUGCCAUGCAUGCAUUGGAUAAGGGUUUUGUAACUGGUGGAAAAGAUGGAAUUGUGGCACUUUGGGAUGAUAUGUUUGAAAGAUGUCUGAAGACAUACGCUAUUAAAAGAGCAGCACUAUCUGCUAGUUCUAAAGGUUUACUUUUAGAAGACAAUCCCUCUAUUCGAGCCAUCAGUCUAGGACAUGGGCAUAUACUAGUGGGAACUAAAAACGGAGAGAUACUUGAAAUUGAUAAAAGUGGUCCUAUGACUCUGCUUGUUCAGGGACAUAUGGAAGGAGAAGUCUGGGGCUUGGCAACUCAUCCUCUCUUGCCUGUCUGUGCAACAGUGAGUGAUGAUAAAACACUACGAAUCUGGGAACUUUCAUCCCAGCACCGUAUGCUGGCAGUGAGGAAGCUCAAAAAAGGUGGACGAUGCUGUGCCUUUUCUCCUGAUGGGAAAGCCUUGGCUGUAGGGUUGAAUGAUGGGAGUUUUCUGGUAGUAAACGCUGACACUGUUGAAGAUAUGGUCUCUUUUCACCACAGAAAGGAAAUGAUCUCAGAUAUAAAGUUUUCACGAGAAUCAGGAAAGUACCUGGCUGUGGCUUCCCAUGAUAAUUUUGUAGAUAUUUACAAUGUACUUACCAGCAAAAGAGUUGGCAUUUGUAAAGGUGCAUCUAGCUAUAUCACACACAUUGACUGGGACUCAAGAGGAAAGUUAUUGCAAGUCAAUUCUGGUGCCAAAGAACAACUAUUUUUUGAAGCACCACGGGGGAAAAGGCAUGUUAUAAGAAUUGCUGAGAUAGAGAAAAUUGAGUGGGACACCUGGACAUGUGUUCUUGGUCCUACUUGUGAAGGAAUUUGGCCCAUGCACAGUGAUGUCACCGUUGUAAAUGCAGCUAGCCUUACAAAAGACGGAACGCUGUUAGCUACGGGAGAUGAUUUUGGUUUUGUGAAGCUUUUUUCAUAUCCAGUAAAGGGCCAACAUGCAAAAUUCAAGAAGUAUGUGGGACACAGUGCACAGGUGACCAAUGUGCGGUGGUUACACAAUGAUUCUGUGCUGCUGACUGUAGGUGGUGCUGAUACAGCUUUGAUGAUCUGGACCAGAGAAUUUUUGGGCAUUCAGGAGAGUAAGCUGGUUGAUAGUGAAGAAUCAGACACAGAUGCAGAAGAAGAUGGAGGUUAUGAUAGUGAUGUUGCAAGAGAAAAAGCAAUUGACUAUACCACUAAGAUUUAUGCAGUAAGCAUCCGAGAAAUGGAAGGGACAAAACCACAUCAACAGCUGAAGGAAGUUUCAGUAGAAGAGAGGCCACCAGUUAGCAGAGCUGCUCCUCAACCUGAAAAACUGCAAAAGAACAAUAUCAACAAAAAAAAGAAGCUGGUUGAGGAGCUGGCUUUAGACCAUGUUUUUGGAUACAGAGGAUUUGAUUGUCGCAACAACCUUCAUUACCUAAAUGAUGGUGCUGAUAUUAUUUUCCACACAGCUGCAGCAGGCGUAGUUCAAAAUCUUUCUACCGGUGGUCAGAGUUUCUACCUGGAGCAUACUGAUGACAUUCUCUGCCUAACUGUGAAUCAGCACCCAAAGUAUAAAAACAUUGUGGCUACCAGCCAGAUCGGUACAACUCCCACAAUUCACAUAUGGGAUGCUAUGAGUAAGCAAACUAUUUCAAUGCUACGUUGCUUCCAUACCAAAGGCGUCAACUACGUGAACUUCAGUGCAACUGGCAAACUUCUGGUUUCAGUGGGAGUUGAUCCAGAACAUACAAUCACAGUGUGGAGGUGGCAAGAAGGGGCUAAAGUUGCUAGCAGGGGAGGACACCUGGAGAGGAUAUUCGUUGUAGAGUUCCGCCCAGAUUCAGACACUCAGUUUGUGUCUGUUGGGGUAAAACACAUGAAGUUCUGGACAUUAGCUGGCAGUGCUUUGCUUUAUAAGAAAGGAGUCAUUGGUUCCAUGGAAGAUGCCAAAAUGCAAACCAUGCUUUCUGUUGCCUUCGGAGCAAAUAACCUUACAUUUACUGGUGCCAUAAAUGGAGAUGUCUACGUCUGGAAGGAUCAUUUUCUGAUUAGACUUGUGGCAAAAGCUCACACAGGGCCAGUGUUUACAAUGUACACGACUCUUCGAGAUGGACUCAUUGUUACAGGAGGGAAGGAGAGACCCACUAAAGAAGGGGGAGCUGUAAAGCUAUGGGAUCAAGAGAUGAAACGGUGCCGAGCAUUUCAGCUUGAGACAGGCCAGCUGAUUGAGUGCGUGCGCUCCGUCUGCAGAGGAAAAGGAAAAAUUUUAGUGGGAACAAAAGACGGAGAAAUCCUUGAAGUAGGAGAAAAAAAUGCUGCUUCAAACUUGCUGAUUGAUUGUCACAUGGAAGGGGAGAUCUGGGGCUUAGCAGCUCACCCCUCAAAAGACAUAUUUAUCUCUGCAAGUAAUGAUGGAACAGCAAGAAUCUGGGACCUGUGUGACAAAAAACUGCUGAACAAAGUGAAUCUAGGUCAUCCAGCAAGGUGUGCCGCAUAUAGUCCUGAUGGUGAAAUGGUUGCAAUUGGCAUGAAGAAUGGAGAAUUUGUUAUUUUACUUGUCAGCAGCCUUAAGGUUUGGGGCAAAAAGCGAGACAGGAAGUCUGCAAUUCAGGAUAUCAGGAUCAGCCCAGAUAACAGGUUUUUGGCAGUGGGUUCACAAGAACAUACCGUAGAUUUUUAUGACCUCACUCAAGGUACAACCCUAAACCGAAUAGGCUACUGCAAAGACAUUGCAAGUUUUGUCAUACAGAUGGAUUUUUCUGCAGACAGCAGGUACAUUCAGGUAUCAACGGGUGCCUAUAAGCGUCAAGUUCACGAGGUACCACUAGGAAAGCAAAUAACAGAUCCUGCAUUAAUAGAAAAGAUCACGUGGGCCACGUGGACAAGCAUUCUUGGAGACGAGGUCAUUGGAAUUUGGCCGCGAAAUGCAGAUAAAGCAGACGUCAACUGUGCGUGUGUGACCCAUGCUGGCCUAAAUAUAGUCACUGGAGAUGACUUUGGUCUGGUGAAACUGUUUGAUUUCCCAUGCACGGAAAAAUUUGCCAAACACAAGCGGUAUUUUGGGCACUCUGCGCACGUCACCAACAUACGCUUUUCUCAUGAUGACAAGUACGUUAUAAGUACAGGAGGAGAUGACUGCAGCGUAUUUGUAUGGCGAUGUCUUUGAAAGGAGCCUCUUCUUGCUGCUGUUACUGCCACCACCAAGUGACUGCUCUGGACUGGACAGCCAUGACUGCCUCUACCCCUUCGGCUGCUGUAAUUUCCAUAUGAUGCUGCAUGGAUUACACAUUUUUCAAAUUACUCAUACGAAUUUACUGAAAGUGAAUGUGAUCUUGCAUUGGAAAGACCAAUAUCCUUGAGAAGGAAGCUGAAGUUUGAAAGGGAAGCGUUUUGUAACCUGGGUAGGCCAAAGUGAUGAACAGUUCACUCACGAAGCUGCUUUUGCCUAAUACUGUGUUAUUCAAACCAUGUCUGAAAAGGGAGCACGCUGAGAAAAUGCUGGGCCCUGUAAUUAGCAGAAUUUCAAAAUUUAUGGCUUGAACAUUUGUUCAAGAGAGUUGGUGGUUUUUUAACCACACCUGCUUAAAACUCCAAUUUGGUGCACUGAGCAAAACCGCAAGCAUGCUGGAGUUCACGCUUCAGCUUUCAGUAAUUGAAGGAGCAAACUAUCAUUUUUUUAAGUCCAUUUUAUUUUUAAAUAUAUAUAUAUUUGGCAAAAUUUUCUAUCCAUGAAGUGCCUUUGAAUAAUUUUCCAGUAGUAUGGGCUACAGUCUUGCCUCCCACCAGUUGCUUUCAACAUACGGUGCUAUAACUUUCACACAGAGGAGGGCUAACCAUUAACACCUUUAUCCCUGUUUUCUGCUUUGGUUUUUAAUACCUUCACAAGUGAAUGCCAAAAUGUUUCCAAGAGCAAGAAGCUAUGCGCUAUUGUAAGGACAGGUUCCCGACGGCAUUACACCUCUCGAUAAGCUGGUCUCAGCUGGGGCAGGAUUGUAGCUUGACCGCAGCCAGGAGUUGAAGCUUCACUCAAAAGGUGAGUAGAGGGAGAGUACAGAGAGAUGUGGUUGAAGAAUUUUUAACACAAGAAAGGAGACUGUUCCCCAAGUGCUUCUGCACUCUCUCUGUUUGAGGGAAGAUGUGCUUUGUAGGAAACCGCUUCCACAGGCAGUGGCCAACUAGCAUAUUCAAGUGGCCUGAAAGCCUCCAAGAAUCACUAUAUCCUGUUCUCCCCGUUCUGGAGGGGCUUCCUGAAGACAUCCCACGUGCCCUCUAGGAAAGGCCUAGAGCAGGUCUGGAGCCCCAGCAGGUACACAGUGUGUACCCUCCAGCAGGCACCUAGUCCCACGCUGCUUGUGAGUAGAAAAUAAAUCACUCUGAUACCAGAAACUUUCCCUAUCCUCGAGAAAAUCAGAGUCUUUGCUAAGCCUGGACUCCUCUCCCCACCACUGCCUCUCGCACAGCCCCCUCGUCCGUGACCGGGCUGUGGGACUGGGGGGUGGGAGGGCAGCAGGCAGCUGAGAUGAGAGGAGGGUCGCCUCCGCACAGAAGCAGAGACCACGAACAGAUAGAUGCUCAUGAAAGGCAAGUAAAGCCAUUCAACAUUUGUUAAUGAACAUUUUGUCAGAACAAAAAUACCCUACAGGACCAGUGGAAUUGGAGAAAGAAAAUUAAGGACGUUCAACUUUUUCCAAUGAAACUGUUAAGAAAGGAACAGAAAACGUGGGCAAUGUCAAAACAAACGAUUUUUGAGAUUUCUGGCAUGGACCAUCCAUACUUUGAAAUUGCCUUUCUUUUAAAAAGACUGUUAAUCAAAAGAAAUAAAGGCCAAAAUAAAACGUUUAGACUUACAUUAGGCUCUGAAAAGAAGUGUUAAAUAGCGCUUUAGUCCCAGUUCAGGAAAAUACAAUUUUGAACUGUGGAAACGUCCUGCCAAUCCACUUCUGCUGCCCACUGCGUAACAAGGUAGCUGGUGGAUGCAACGAAUAUCCAGUUAAAGGAGUGGAUCGAUGUACAUUUAACACACAAAAGUGCUUCAGCAACCUCAAAGAAUCACCUUUUUUUAAAAUUGAAUUUAUUAAUGCCUUAUAGUACUAUACAGAAGAUCAGUUUGUCAGAUAGAUACACAAUAAGCGUCCCUAUGCAGUCUUUUUUUGUUUGUAAAGAAACCUUCUUGAUCAAAUAAUGUAAUCAUGUGAGGUGGUGAUGUCAGUAAGCACCUUCUUGCCUAUGUUGUAAUAAUGUUUGCCUUCCUUUCAUACUGAUUGUAUCCCGAAACAAACCAGUCGCGUGGCAGGAUGAAUUAUUAAAUGGUGAUGUGAAAAAUACCUUAAAGCAAUAGUGUCUGUCAGGAAAACACUUAAUUUGUAUGUUUAUAUGGUUUGGCUUUAUGUAUAAAACGUUCGGAAUGAUGUAUUAUACUGUAAACUAAAAUAUUAGUGCAUGGGUUUAUUUUUCAAUGGUCAAGAUGCCGUUACAUUAAAAUCUGUAUCUCAAAUAAAUUUGGAUACAAGUUCUCAAUGUCCAACUCUUCAGUCAGAUUCAACAAGUUGAUCUGAAAAGAUCAGUAGAGGGACUCGCUUUACAGUUUCCUUCAAACUAGAAUAUGGCAUCAUACAUUAUUGUCUCAAAAGUAAAAGAAACCAAGGCUCUUCACCUUGGUGAGCAGAAUCUCAAAUUUCACCUUUGAUGCUUCUCAAUAACCAACUCGCACCACUUCAGCGGUGUCUGACACCGGCGCCCCCAUGUCACCGUGCUGGCGGCGCAGCCGGCAGCAGUAACAAUGGGUGCCUUCAGUGUUCACCAUCGAGGCCUCCUCACUGCGGGCAAGAAUCUGCGCUACAAGAACUACGCAUCAAACUGAGCAUCACCGGCUGACACAGCUAUUCGGGACAUCGAAUCUGUAACUGGACCUGAACAAACUGCUUCACACUGCACAUAUGAAAAGAAAAGGUAUCAUGAAAAAAACCACCUACGCACAUCGCUAUACGUCUGACGAACUACUUCCACCACCGUGUACAAUGGCUAGUUAAUCACGAUGAACUUAAACAAAAUAAACACAAAUAUAUUAAACUUGCCUCAAGAAAGCAAAAUACCGAUAUUAUUUUAUGUCUAUAAGCUUUAUUGAUACUUGGGGUUUGUUGGGUUUUUCCUUUUUUUGGGUGUUUUUUUUUGGGUUUUUUUUUUGGGUUUUUGUUGGUUUUUUUACAUUUCACAAUGCAUUCCACAGACUUAGUUCAAUACAGCUUAAACUGCAAGUGUAUAAAUUUUCAUUUAUCAUUUCUUGCAUAACAAGGUUUUAGGUUUCCAAACAACAUUUGCAGCAUUAGCUAUUCGGUCCACAGAUUAUCAGAGUUUGAGAGAUGGUAGAAUUAAUUACUUGCUCAAAAUCAACUACUGUACGUUUGUGCAACGACGUGUAUGCUGUAAUUUUCUUUUAAUAGAGGUGACGGUUCCUUUGUUCACUUCUCUCUUGGAUUUUUUAAACAGAUGCUAGUGUUUACAGAGACAUUUUAAGUUUUUCAAGCUUGUGUGCUAUGGAGCUAGUCCAGGAAUCGGUCAAUUCUCUGAAGUAUGAAGCACUGUGGAGCAGCUGAAAGAUCUAAGCUUUGUGAAACACACAUAUAUAUAUAUAUAUUGGCAAUUGAUAAAACAAUAAAAUCACAAUACAGCUAUACUCAUACCAAAAAGGCAAGAUUUUUUGAAACUUGCUAAAAUGGUAUAUUCUUCUAAAACAUCUCAUUUUAGAAAAUCUGCAUCAAUCUACACAGACCAUACACAGUGCACAAACUGGGAAGUGUUAUCCUCCGCUCCACCUGCACUACCUCUUCUGGAACGCAGCAGGGACUACCUCUGCUGAAGCAAAAUGUACAGCUUUCUCAACUCUUUUGUAUUAGCCAGUGCUGCACACAGGAUAAAGAAAGAUGAUUAGUUUUAGAUCCAUAGAUAGCAGCUUACAAUACUUAAGAUGAUGAAACACAUGGCAGCCAAAACAGUUUUGUUUUUUUUCCUCAAACACUGCGUUGCUAAAAAAUAAAGAUCUGUGAAAUUGCACUGCAAUGUCAAGGGUUUUGCUAUUCCCUGACCCUCCCCAUGUAAAUCCAAAUGAGUUUUUUUUCCC